GGGUAUUUGUCUCGAGCGAAUAAGUUCGUAUACUACCCUACAAUGUUCCCGAAAAUGUCUUUCGUUUUGGUGAGUACAAAUUGUUCCAUUCUUGCUUUUAGCCGCUGACUCUAUGAUCAAUAACUUACCACAUUGGACUCUCCCAAACAUUGAACUCUCUUAGUUUUUGAUUCAAGUUUAAGCCAUUGCAAUCAUAACUGGCAGGCUUGUCCUUAUUAGCUUUGUAGUGUGUCCCCUUAUCGUUUGAGGUAGACUAGUCGGCCUUAUAGUUUAUAAUAACUGACUUGGGUUUAUUUGUGUUUAAUUUUCUAGUUUCUUCUUAGCUGAAUCGUCUGUAACGUUUAUAGUAAUGCUCAAUAAGUCAGUCUGCUUCUCUCAAAUUGCCGCAAAUGCUAAUCAUUAACAGUAAUCGUUCAAUUUGCCCUAAUUGUAUCUUUCAGUUGUUGCAACAAAUUAAGUGAAUUCUAACGCCAAAAGCCUGUCUUUCAAGCAAUUAAAAAUUGAUAGACAGGAAUGUGGCGGACUUUUUAGAUAUGCUUCCAUUCUAUGUUUUUGAAUUGUGCCUUUGUUCUUCAGGGCUUGUGGCUUGUAUGUGUUUUCUUUGCCAAUCUCCCAAUGGCCUCCAGCAUUCAGUGUUACGUAUGCACAGAUUAUCCAGGCUCGAGCAAUCCUUGUAACGGAAGCGCCUCCGUGAUCCAGUGUGAAUCGUACUUCAAUUCUUGCUCGUCAGUAACAAUCACACUCGAGUAUUCUGGCAAUGACUAUACAUCAACUGCAAAGUACUGUUCCUCCGCUCAGUACAGCUGCGAUCCUUCCAUUCAGUGUGAUCAAAUUAACAGUUCUGUGGUAUCCGGUGGUGGAAGUAUGAAGCAAUGUAACUUCUCCUGUUGCCACAGCGACCUGUGUAAUGGCGGAGGCUCACCGCCCGCACCCGGACCAAAUCCUCAGAGUCGGUUAAAGUACUACAUCGAAACCUUCCGUGCCCUACUUAAUCAGAUGGAAUAUGUUGUGGACAACGAUCUUGGCGACCAUUUUUCUAGAUCUGCGAGGGAAUACAAAGGACGUGUUAAAAGAGCCCUGAACGACAUCUAUGCAGCACUAAAGAAUGAAGAACAACAGAAACGUAACGCCAUCAUCGAUGAACUGAAAAGGAACGCCGCGGACUUCACGAAGGAACUGGAAACCAAGGGGGGUCAAUCCAAGAAACGAGCUACAUUUUCUCGGUGACAAAAGAAACGCGAAGCCAAGAGUGACCAGCUAAUGAGUAAGGCGAUGAAAACCAUUCAGGAAAGCUUGGCAAGGCUGAUACCUCAAAAACGCUGAAUAAGAACACUUUUCUCAUGGACAGGACGUACAGGAAAUACCGGAACACAAUCUGUAGAUGUUAGCACCAAAACAGGAAGGAAUUGAUGUUUCGACACAAUUAAACCUUCAUUAGAUCGGGAAUUUAGAAACAUUAGUUGAUGAAUAAAAGAGAGUGGGACGACU